AUGACUGAAGAAUCAAGUCUGACGUUUACAAACCCGGUCAUUCGGGGCUUCAACCCGGAUCCUACCAUCUGUGUAGUUCCCGCUACGGACUCGACCCCAACGACGUUUUUCCUUAGUACUUCGACAUUUGAGUUCUUCCCCGGAUGCGCCAUUUACAUGUCAACCAAUCUAAUUGAUUGGAAACUCAUCGGUCAUGCGCUCAAUCGUCGAAGUCAGAUUGAUAUGCGUACCGUUGAGCCUGGAGCGGGUAGUUGGGCCAGUACUUUGAGAUACCGACCUGAGGAGAAGAGAUGGUAUUUAGCGAAUGGUGUCUUCCACCGCUACCGACCAACUGUUGAUGAACGUAUCUUUCCCAGAGGAUUCUAUGUCUGGACCGACAACAUCUGGGACGACAAUGCAUGGUCUGACCCAGUAUACUUUGACAAUCCUGGUUUUGACCAAGAUCUGUUUUGGGACGAUGAUGGGAAGGUCUAUCUCUCAACAACAAUGCGCUUCGCCUGGCGAGACCCCAACUCAAAGCAGAAGGACUUUGGAAUUCACAUCUCCGAGAUUGAUAUCUCAACUGGAAGAACCCUCACCGCUCCGAAGGUCAUUCGAAAGUCUCCCCAUGGAAUUGCCGAGGGCUCUCAUAUCUUCAAGCGCGGAAACUGGUAUUAUCUCUUGACCGCUGAAGGAGGUACAGAGGCCGGUCAUCAAGAGUGGGUGUUUCGUAGCAAACAUGGCCCGUUAGGUCCGUGGGAGAGCCAGGGAAAGCCUCUUUGGUACAAUGGACCUGAUGAAGAAGUCCAGAGAACGGGACACGUUGAUAUCUUUGAAGACGGGAACGGAGACUGGUGGUCUGUCUUGCUGGGUGUUAGACCAGUACAACACCAGGGGACCUUUUUGGAACCGCAGCUAGGGCGAGAGACCUUUCUCGUCAAGGUUGAGUGGAAGGACGACUGGCCAAUCUUCAACGAUGGUCACAACAUCACACUGAAGACUGUAGGUCGAGAUCUCAUCAAGUCAGCUUCAAAGCCAAGUCUGCAAAAAUGGGAUGCCGAUCUUUCAGAAGAUGAACUGGAGUUGGGAUGGUACCAAAAGAACACCCCCAUCAAGCAAAGUUAUACUCUUACAGAAAAGCCGGGUGUGCUAAGGCUCUACGGUAACUGCUACGACUUAACAUCCCCUGAGACUCCGGCGUUGCUUCUUAGGAAACAGACUUCUUACAAUGAGGUAUUCAAAGCAAAGAUGGAGUUCAAACCUACAGUUAGAGGCCACGAAGCUGGUAUUGUGUUGUGGUGGAGCCAGCACUCUUAUGCUUCCUUAGGGGUUGUCGCUUCAGAACAGGACGACGGAAAAGUCGAGACCAGGGUCAUGUAUAAGGGAGCUGCUGGAAAUGCCAACGAGUUCAAAACUUCAGAGACAGAUCUAGAAGCUAACCUCGAAAACGUUGAGUUGGCUAUCCGUGCAUAUCCGACCAAGUAUGAGCUUUCACUCAGGGCCGGAGGGAAAGAGUCUGAGGUUUUCACUGUCGAUGCCAGUGCUUUAACAGUGAUGCCACCCCACGGAGGAUGUUUUGCUGGUACUAUGUUUGGAAUCUAUUCCUAUGGUAAGAACCAGCCCGUAUUGGAUCCAGUAGACUUUUCGGAGAUCAGCACGGAGGAGCUUGAGUAG